CUCGGGCGAAUUCAGGAAGAAAUGUGAGCACUUGGAAUGGAGGGAGUCCGGCAGCUCGAAACGGUCCUGCUGCUGGACGUGCUCGAUAGUUUUUGACGGGGUUUGGGCCUUUUUUUUUUUAAUUUAACCCUGGGUAAGCCCCCUGAUGAUGGUCUUCAAUUGAAGCUCUUUUUAAUGGCUUUGGCUGUUCUGCUGUAAGUGCCUUGUUCAAUACCAUAAGAUAUAUAAUAAUGGAGGCUGAGAUGCCAUAAGAAGAGACCAUACUUUAAAUGAGCAUCAGAUACUUAAUACAGAGAGAAAAAGCAAUACAGAGGCACUAUGGCAAGUUAAAGGAUUUCCCAUUUGUUGGACUUGGUAACUAACAAGCAUUGCUGGAAAAAGUAUGGCUUACAGAAAAGUGACUGGAGAUCAUUCAGUGCCACUGCACGCUCAGGAUCCAGAAACUGAUGAUAUUCAAGCCACAUCCUUAGACCUGGAGUGGGAUAUGGAGAAAGAACUGGAAGAGCCCAGCCUGGACUGCUACCAGCUUGACUCUGCAGACCAUGGCCAUUUGGGAAACUCAUCUCAAAGCACUGAACUCGGCCUGGAAAGGAUUCAGCCUUCAGUUUCUCCACAGGGUAGAUUUGAACGACUACAGGAAGAUCCAGAUUAUGUGUCACAUUACACAAGGCAAGCACCAAAGAAUAACCAGAAGAAAUGUAGAAAACUCAUUAAAUAUAUCUGCACUGGCAGCAGCCUUUUUAUUUUUGGCCUUUUAAUUGGUCAUUAUGUAAAAAACAAUUGCGAUGCCCGUGCAUCUUCAACAAACCAAAUUUCUGGAGAUUAUACAACAAACAGUGAAGUCUACCAAAAAUUUUCACAGGAGGUCACUGCAGAAGCUCUUAGACAGCAUUUCAGGCAUUUCUCACAGAAGGAAAAAGAGAAGAUUUCUAUUGCGAAAUCCCUUGCAGAAAAGUGGAGAGAACUUGGAUUAUCUGAGGUCCAAUUGUUCAAUUACACUGUGCUCCUCAGUCUUCCUGGUCCCUCACCCAGCAAUAUUACUGAUAAAGGCACUGGACAAUGUUUCCUUCCUGAAGGAAGAGCAUGCAAUACCUGGGAUCAAAAAUCUACUGCUAAUGGAGACCUGCUUUAUAACUAUGCAUCCUACUCUGCACAGGGCACACUGGAGGCAGAAGUGGUUGAUGUUCAGUAUGGGAUGCCUGAUGACUUGAGUCAAGUUCUUGUUUCUACCAAUGCAACUAAUAAAAUUGCACUAUUAAAAUUAGGAUAUGCGCCUUUGCUUUAUAAGUUGUCCUUGCUAGAAGAAGCAGGAUUUGGAGGAGUUCUGCCUUAUAUUGACCCAUGUGACCAGCCAAAUGACCAGAUGUACUUGAACAAAUCAUUUGGAAUUGCACUCAAUCCUGGUGGAGAUCCUUCUACACCAGGCUAUCCUAGCAUUGAUGGAGCAUACAGAGAAAAUGUGCAACACCUCACAAGACUGUUGGUUCAGCCAAUUUCUGCCUCUCUCGCCAAAGAGCUUAUGUCUGCUCGUGAAAUUGCUGGUGGCAACAAGUGCUCUCCGCUGUCAAUGCCUGUGGAUUCAGGCAAAAGGACUAUCAUAUUAGCUAUUGAAAAUCGCAUGGAAUAUGGCACCAUACACAAUGUCAUUGGAUACUUGAAGGGGGUCACCAACUCUGAUCGAUAUAUCCUGGUAGGGAGCCACCAUCAUAACGGGUAUGAUAAGACUGCAGCAGAUGUAAUCAGUGGUGCUGCCAUAAACACACAUCUGAUUGAGACCUUGAUAUCUCUAGUCAAAAAUGGGUGGCAACCACUCCGCACCAUUAUGUUUUGUUCAUGGGGUGGAACAGAAUUUGGCAAGAUUGGUUCUUAUGAGUGGGCAGAGGAAAUGAAAGAGGUGUUGCUUAGUAAUGCAGUAGCCUAUGUGAGCCUCUUCAGCCCAGUCCAAGGUAACGGAAUGCUUUAUACCAAAGCUUCGCCUUUGCUCCAGCAGUUGGCGGCAGACUCUCUCCACAAGAAACUCUAUUUAAACUGCACAAAGAAAGAGAAGUGCUCCAGACCAAACAUCAUAUCUGUCCAAAUGCAAGGGGAUGCUGAUUUUUUUGCAAGCCAUCUUGGAAUUCCAUCCAUUGAGUUCUCAUAUCAAGAUGCGAAAACACAAGAGAAGCCAAGCUUUAUCCCAGAAGCCCUUUUUCCUGUCACUUCAUCAGUAAUAGAGACCUUGGAUUCCUCCUUCAUCUUUCAUGAGACUCUUGCUAAGUUAACAGGUGAAGUUAUUCUCAGAAUGGCCAGUGAGCCUGUACUCCCCUUCUCUGCCUUGGACAUGGCCCUGGAUAUUCAAAAUAAACUGAAAGAUGACAAAUUGAUUGCAGACCAGCUGAUGGCAUAUUCUGGCUCUCUGAGGGAAAGUGCCCAACUUUUUCAGUCAGAAGAGAUGCGUCCUGCUAAUGAUCCAAAGGAAAGAGACCCAGUACAUGUGAGAAUGUUGAAUGACGUGCUGCAAAACCUUGAGAAAAAUUUUGUUAUUCCUCAGGCCCCUCCAGGAUUUUACAGAAAUAUACUAUAUGCUUUGGAUGACCAAACAAAUCAGUUUUCAAUUCUAAAGGAGUCCCAAGACCACUGGAAGCUGAAACAUCUUAAUGAGACCCUAAAACGGCCCCUGUCCAUGGUGCUGAACUGCAUUAACUCAGCGGAGAGGCACCUUGCGGUUGGAUUGGAUCUUUUUGAAGAUGUUUCCACCACAAAACAUUGAUUAUAAAUAAUAGAAUGUUCCAGUGUAUGUUUAUUGUAUUUAAAGAAAAUAUAACUGGGAAGUAAU